AAAAAAUAGAAUGAGUGUAAAAAGACCCACGGUAAUUAAUUAAUUAAAACCCUAAAAUGCUGGUGUCCUACUGAACUCACAUCAUUAGCCGUGAAAACCAGAGCCUCGCCGGAAAAAGCAGGCGGAGUUGCUCGUCAGCCGCCUGAAACACCGAGAAAGCCAUCCAGAACUUUCAAACAAAUCAAUGGCUUAUAGACGUUGCCUCUUGCAAAGAGGGAACCUCAUAGACCGGAAGUUCCACCCGUCUUUCACCUAUGUUAUCCAUGGCAGUGAAGGGAAUCGUGACCAGCCAGACGAAAAACCUUGUUCAACAGGAAUCAGUAGUUUUAUUCAAUCAAGAUCCUUUCGAAGCUCUCUUAAUGGAUCAACGGGUUUUUUCUCAUCCUCUCAACGUGGACACUUUUCUCCAUUUGCUGGAUAUAGUUUCUGCCGAAAUAUGUCUACACUGAAUCAGGAUUCGGAUAGGAUUACUGCAAUGACUGAUGUAGCUGAUGUUCUUAUUGAUACUACCAUGGAGGCUGUAGCUUCUCAGGCUCCAGUUGCUAGUGAAGUUGCUAUUGCUGCUGCUGAUUCUUAUUUGCCGGUACAAGCCUUGCAGUACGUUAUAGAUGCAGUGCAUUCCUUCAGUGGGCUAAAUUGGUGGGCAUCCAUAGUUCUAACAACUCUCUUGAUUCGAAGUGCAACUGUUCCACUCUUAAUAAAUCAACUCAAGGCCACUUCUAAGCUUACACUUAUGAGGCCUCGCUUAGAAGAGAUAAAGGAAAAAAUUGAUAGACAGACAAUGGAUCCAGAGGCUGUUGCUGAAGGUCAGAAGGAGAUGUCAAAGCUAUUCAAAGAAUAUGGUGUGACUCCAUUUACGCCAAUGAAGGGACUCUUUAUUCAAGGUCCUGUCUUCAUUAGUUUUUUUCUUGCGAUAACAAACAUGGCUGAAAAAAUGCCAUCAUUCAAACACGGUGGAGCUUUCUGGUUCACUGAUCUCACAACUCCAGAUGCCUUAUACAUUUUUCCAGUUAUAACUGCAUUGUCAUUUUUAUUAGUAGUAGAGUGUAAUAUGCAAGAAGGAAUGGAAGGAAAUCCUAUGGCUGCCACCAUGAAAAAUUUCUCAAGGGUUCUUGCUCUUCUUUCCGUUCCUUUCACCAUGAGUUUUCCAAAGGCUAUAUUUUGUUACUGGAUUACAUCAAAUUUGUUUUCACUUUCAUAUGGAAUGGUGCUUAGAGUCCCUGGUGUAAAGAAAACUUUAGGUAUUCCUGAUUUGCCUCCUGCAGAACCCACCAGCUCUCCAAAAUCUCCCUUCUCAAUAUUUCCAGCACUAAAACAAGCGGCAUCAGUGGCAAGUGGUCAAAGCUCAUUUCCAGUUGAUUCAUCAAAACAGCCCAAUAAAAAGCCAUCUUCUUCUGCUGCUGUUAUCAGUCAAAGGCUUAGAAGCUUAGAGAAACAAGUAAAAGGAAGAAAGAAAAGCAAGAAGUGAUUAAAUUUACUAGCUCUUUAAUUGUGCCAUAUAACAUAUGUAGCAAAUAUGCUUAGAUUUUUUGUCAUAGUGUAUUAUUAUCCUCGGAUUGAGGGGAAACUAACCAUUUAUUUAAUAGGGGAGAGGGAAUAAAAACAGUAUGUGAUCAAUUUUGCUGCGGAAGCUAAUGCUUUUUGUUCAGAUGUAAUAUUUACAUUUAGUUUAUUAAUAACAUUUUCUUGUGUUUAUUUA